CGUUUCUCUGCAUUUCUGUGCGGUGUGGGUGUGUAAGUGAGGGGGUGUGUAUAUGUGUGUUUAAACAGUGAGCGCGAGGCAGCUCUGUCCCGCUGUGUUGGUGUAUGUGUGUGUGAGCAUGUCUGCGGUUCGGUUAGCGCGCGGCUGCUCGCGGCUCUUCCUGCUGGAGUUGGAGGCGCGCGCGGAGCCGCUGUGUUUUCUGCUGCGCGCGGAGCCCUCCGCUCCCUCGUGCCUGUCCUCCACACUCGCGCUGCUCAGCGCUUUCGGGAGCGCGCGCCUCUUCUCUCUGCUCGUUCACGGCGGCGGCAGGGUACACCGAGCGCGGAGUCACGCCGAGCUCGUGAACGCGCUGAGCUCGCGGCUGCCUCCAGAAUGCCGGGUCCUACCGCUGACCGCUUUCCUGCCCGGUGUGAAAGACUCUGUCACCCGGGGAUUCUUCCUGCGGGACGAGUCCACCUCCUCCAGCUCCACAGAGCGAGUGUUAAACGAGCUGAAGCAGAGUCACGCGCUCACCGUGUUCUCGUACGAGCCUGAAGAGAAUGGUGGGGGGCAGUACUGGUGUCAGGAGCUGUGGGGGUGUCCCACCACAGACACAGAGGCAGGAGAGAACCAGAGGCUAUAUGUCACACCAGUCACAGCCCCUCAGGAAAACCCAACAGCACUGCAUAUUAUCAACUCUGUUGUGUUCUACAGGCUGGACGAUGCCUACCAGGUUCUUGAAGAGUGCAGGGACAUCAUCCCAGAAUCAAAGGAAGUGCUGGAGAUUGUCAACCAACAGCUGGAGGCCUACAGGCGGGAUAUAGGGUUUCCAGUCGUUGUGAUAGAAGGACUGGAUGCUACAGGUAAAACCACUCUGACUGAAAGCCUGCAGCAGGCUCUGGGAGCCACUCUUCUGAAAUCUCCUCCCCAGUGCCUGGCUGCCUUCAGACAACGCUUUGACUCGGAGCCCCCUCUCAUCCGUAGGGCCUUCUACGCUCUGGGGAACUACAUUACUGCAGCCCAGAUAGCUAGAGAGUCACUACAGAGACCCGUGAUUGUGGACAGAUAUUGGCACAGUACUGCAGCGUAUGCUAUAGCCACAGCAGUGAGCGGAGCUGUGGAGAAACUGCCUGCUCUGGGCUCGGAGAUCUACGAGUGGCCCUCUGACCUGCUCCGGCCCAGUCUGGUCCUGCUGCUGACAGUCAGCCCUCGAGAGCGGCUCCGGAGGCUUCAGGGUAGAGGCCUGGGGCAAACUGAAGAGGAGACCCAGCUAGAGGUCAACGACCUGUUCCGCCAAAAAGUGGAUGAAGCUUACAAGCGAAUCCAGAAUCCUGCCUGCGUCACUGUGGAUGCCAGCCCCUCCCCUGACCAAGUGCUCCAACAAGUGCUGAGUUUAAUUAGAAACAAAUGCCACUUGUAAACACUGUUACUGUUGGUGUCGCCUGGAGGCUGCAGUACCUCCCCGCUCCACUAGAUGCCAGUAUAGCGUUACAAAUUUGCCUGCUUUGAGAAGCAGGGCCCCACUGAAAAGUCCCGGGUCUUGGAGUGCAUUGGCCGCCCAGGAGGCUGAUGGCUUGGGGCCAGCGAGUAUCAAAACCCGUAUCUGGACAUGUCACAACCUGUUCGCUUCCCACAGAGUAGCGCUGAUGACACAAGGGGGGAAAGUUAUUAUGAAUGCCGUGGCUAGCCGUCAACUCCCAUAUACGCUGCUACGGCUUAGCAUGUUCCAUUCGCUCUGUGUUAUGUUAUUCCCUCACGCCGGAGCACAGGAACUGAACCGAAAGAGCUUGGCGAAUUCAUCAAUCACUUCAAUUAGAUUUCACCACAAGGCCCCAUUGUUGGUCAGCUCCACGUUAAGUCCUAGGAGAGAGAGAGAGAGAAAAAAAAUAUAUUGCUACAUAUUAAGAGCUAUCAGGACCUUAUAGGCCUUUAUUAGUAUUUCAUUUGAGCAUUAAUAAAACGAGAUGCUAUAGGGAAGUUUUUAUUUUAUUAUCUUAUGCUACAUGACAUGUUUUACUUUCCAUUCCAGGCUUUAAAUAUGAUUUUGGAGAUUUGUGUCUAAUGCAUAUUACACUCAGUGUCAAAGAAAUAGAAGGAAGUAUCUUGUGUGUUAUUCAGAAGGAAGAUAAACAUUGCUAAGAAUAAUAAAUGAUGAGAAAUGUUGACUGAUA